AUGCCUACGGCGAGUGCACAAACGACACACAAACAUAGGAUUGAUGACGAAUAUCCGGCCUCUGUCGUAGGAAGACGGGUUCAUGAGAUGUCUGAAAAUGCUUUAGAGGGUUCAGAAGAUGUCCUUGGAAGUACAGAUGAUUCUCUUCAUGUCCUGGAUAGCACAGCAGGGCGUUAUAAUCCAUACAAAAAAGUGUCUGGUAAUCGUGUUGAUUUGGGCUCAUUUACAGAGGAACGUGGUGUGCUUUACCCUCCUGAUGAUGGAUUAAUGAAAGGAGUAGUGUCUCCUGAGAAUGAAGUAGUGCGUUUGGAUGCCAGUGCUAAACCUCCAGUAGGAUCUGAAGCAUGGCAUCGACAAAGGCGUUCAAACCAUAAAGAGGUGGAACGAAGGCGUAGAGAAACAAUUAAUGAAAGUAUUUCAGAGCUGGCAAGGAUUGUGCCGGGUUGUGAGAAAAAUAAGGGGAAAAUUCUUGAGCGUACAGUGACAUAUAUUCAACAAUUGAAGGAGAAUGAGGCAAACAAUAUUGAGAAAUGGACUUUGGAGAAGCUUUUAACGGAUCAGGCGAUUUCUGAAUUGAGUGCAACAAAUCAAAAGCUUAAGGCAGAAUGUGACCGCUUGUGGCAAGAAAUGAACGUGUGGAAACAGGCUGCUUCUUGUGGUAUGAAGCAAAGUGAUGAAAGUAAAAAAGAUGAGCCGAUUUCAAAUGUGCGGGCCGAAAAAAUAGAUUGA